GUUUAUUCUAUAAACUCUAAGCACUAUGUUCCAUUUUCAUUUUUGUGUGCCUUAGAAGAGGGUUACUUCUCAGAUCUCUCCGUUUUUUCAAAUAAUGGAAAACAGUUUAAAGUGCACAAAACUGUCUUGAAGCUUGGGAAUUCAUCAAUAAAUUGGAAUGCUUCUCCAUGUCUAUUAAGUAAUCUACCUGAAGAUGUUCUAUUCACCAUUCUUCAUUAUUUAUAUUCUGAAUGCCUACCGUGUGAUCUUGGAGAAGAAACAGCUAGGAGUUGCUUAGCUUUUACUUCUAGUCUAUCUGGUUUUGAAGCUUUUAGAGAGUUGUGUGAACUUUUCUUAAAAAAUUCUGCUCUGAAGCAACAAAUAAUAACCUUAGUCACAGACAUGCAUACUUGUGCCAAUCGUAUUAUAGAUUACUUUAGUGGUAAAAUUGAAAGUCAGUCUUCACCAUCAUCAACUAAUGGUCCUUUGUCCAGUGACUCAGAUGAUGAUGAUGAAAAUUUUGCAAAUAACCCUGCCAAAUUAAAAUAUGUUAUUAUACAAGCUCUACGAGAAAUUGCUAUAGCUGGAGUCAAAAUGCUUAUAUUGUGUGAUCUUUUUACUAAGAGAAAAAAUGAAUUAUCUCGGGAAGAGAGACAUGAGAUAAUUAAAUACUGCAAAUCCAGAUUGCCAAUUUUUAUGAAUCAGUUAUACAAGCUACUAGAUGUGAUAAAAAUAUCAUUUGGAAAUUUAUCUGCUGCUGAAAGAAUGGACAUUGCUUCUUAUUUUGUUCCUGAAAUUGAAAGCGCCUUAGAUUUAGUAUUUGAUUUUGUUACUGAAACAAAAUCAGCUCUUGAGCAAAUUAUUAAUGUUUCAAGCACUAAUAGUGAUAAAAACUGUCCCUCAUUUGUCGAAAAAUUUAAGAAAGGAAGUGUUGGUGAAGCUCUAGGAAGAUCACUAAAAAAUGCUUUACAUAUGAGGGAAUUAAUGAAGUUGAGGAGUUUUCAUGAAAGAGCCACUGUCAGUUUUAUGAACCUUAUGCAUAAAAAGGAGAGCUUUAGUGAUAUGAAUUAUAUAAAUAAAAAUAGACAAGUAGCGAAAAAUUUAGAACAGUUCAUCGAUGAAAUCCCAAUGUUUAUGUUGCGAACUGAAGAACUAAAGUCGGCAUUAGAUGAAAAAUUAACAUGGAAAGAGUGGAAAUAUUUAUUUAAAUUGGGUACAUCGAAAGUGGCUUGGGCUCUGAGUAGGUUAGUAUGUCAUCGUGCAACUCUACACACAAUGAUAUCUCAUAUAUGUGAACUAGUCAAUCGGGAGCAAUUUACUCGUAGCUUAGUCCAGAUUGGUUUAUUGGAUCCCCCUGCGUCAUCAUCAUCAUCUGCAUCUUCUUCAACAAUAAACCAGACCCAGGCUCGAAGUAAUGACUUAGUAAUUUCAAGUAAUUCCAGCCAAAGUCCUACUCUUAGUCCAGUCACAUAUUCGCAGUUUUGCUUGGUGGAGUCUUUAUGCCAUCCACCCAUAUCUACAGAAAGUAAAUUGGCUAAAAAUGCUGUAUCUCUUUUGAAAAGUGGCAUUGACACAGAUAUGAGCUUUGAAAUUGUCACAACAGCAGAACCUUGUGAAAAUUCGUCUGAUCAAGCUUCAGUACAAAGUAAAGCUCAUGCUGUCGAAUUAGGCAAGGAAAAACCAUGUUCUAUUAUUAAAGCUCAUUGUGUAGUCAUAGCAUCUCGUUGCGAUUGGUUUCGCAAAGCCCUUUUAAGUGGUAUGAAAGAAUCAAUCAACAAGAAGAUAGUAAUUCAUGAUACAACUCCUGAAUUAUUUCUUAUGUUUCUGGAAUAUCUUUAUGGAGGGCAAGUUGAUACAGGGCAGUUAUCUACAGAACAACUAGCUGAUCUUAUGCAGUUAAGUGAUAGGUAUGAGGUUGAUAGUUUAAAACAAAUAUCAGAAGAAGCAUUAAAAAAUCUUAUUGAUGAUGACUCUGCUUUAUUUCUCUUAAGUAUAGCUGAUCAGUUUAAUGCUCGAGCUUUAAGGGUAAGAUGAGAUGGUGUGUUGUGUAUAUUUUAUGCUCCCCAUAAAAUAUUUUAUUUCAGUUAUUAUUAUUUAUUUCAAUUCAGAAUUAUAUUAAUGAAUUUUUGUUGUGCAGAGUAAGAUUUUAAAGGCAAUUAAUAUAGGAUGUGGUGAAAUUUUAAUUAAAACUUGUGAAAGAAGAAAAUUCUCAAAAUUACAGUUUAGCCAUUUGAUAUUUACUUUUACAUGCAUCCAUUCAAUAUAUACUGUUUUCCAUAGAAACUCUUAGGGAAGUAUUCAAAAAUAUAUUUAUUUAUAUACGUUUUACUUGACUGAAAUGUUAAAUUGCAAUAGAUGCCACUUAAUGUAAUCAGGUUUGUCCACGGCUAUUUUAAG